AUGACACAAGUGUCGAAGAAAGGACUGGUAAUAACAUUGGUGGUAUGUGUGCUAGGAUUAUAUGGUUCAUUUCUAUCGUGGUCCAUCUUACAAGAAAGAAUCAAUACCAAACCAUAUGGUGAUGAAUAUUUCAAAGCACCAUUGAUAGUUAAUAUCACCCAAGCAUUGUUUGCAUCUAUCGUGGGACUUAUUUAUUCAUUAAUAGCCACGAGAUCCAAUCCAUUCACAAUUUUCACUCAUAAUGAAAAGCCUAUUGCAUAUAAAUUAUUAACCUCAUUUAUUUUGAUUUCAAUUACUUCAAGUUUAUCAUCUCCAUUAGGUUAUAUGUCAUUAAAACAUGUCGAUUAUUUAGCUUUUUUAUUGGCUAAAUCAUGUAAAUUAAUUCCUGUCAUGUUAGUUCAUCUUGUAUUUUAUAGAACCAGAUUCCCCUUAUUCAAAUAUAUCGUGGCAUCAUCAAUUACCUUUGGAGUGAUAUUAUUCACCGUAUUCCAUUCCAAAAAGAAAGAAAAGGAUACUCUUAAUGAUGGUAAGACUGUAUUAGGAAUGAUUCAAUUAGUAGGUUCAAUGUUACUAGAUGGAUUAACCAAUUCAACUCAAGAUCAAAUCUUUAAAUUAAAUAAAUCAUCAUCAUCAAUUGUAAAAGUUACGGGAGCUAAAUUAAUGUGUAUUUUAAAUUUAUUUGUGUUUAUCUUAAGUUUAGGUUAUGCAUUAAUAUUUGAAUAUGAUUCUGAAAUCACUUAUACGGUUAAUUUCAUUCAUAAGUAUCCUCAAGUUUUAAUGAAUAUUUUAGAAUUCUCCGUAUUUGGAGCUAUUGGUCAAAUAUUUGUAUUUAUAAUACUAGAAAAGUUCGAUUCCCUUAUUUUAAUCACAGCAACAGUCACCAGAAAGAUGAUUAGUAUGAUUCUUAGUGUGAUCUUGUUUGGUCAUUAUUUAACUAGUUUACAAUGGUGUGGAGUUGGGUUAGUAUUUGGAGGGAUUGGAUAUGAAGCCUUAGUAAAGUUGACUAGUUCACCAAAACCAUCGUCAUCUAAAGAGACUAAUCUCCACAAGGAAAAGAAAGAGUAA